UGUGCCAGCUUCUUCAGAGAAACAAGCCCUCAGGGUAGACCCCGGAUCUUAGAAGCACGUGGUGGUGGGAACUCAUGGAGCGGCUCCAGAUGACGCCAGCUGGAACAUCUUUUUGAUCUGUUUUCGACUUCAUGAAAGAAGGAGUGAAUAAUUACUAUUCAUUUCGCUUGAAAACGCUUCCGAUAUGAUUCAUUCCUUUUUGUUUGCUUCCACAAGUGAUAGCAUUAUAAUUUCAAAAGGUGCUGAAGUUAUUGACCUAUUCUUGAGAUCUACAGGAAAAUUUUCAAGAUGAUCCCUGCAGAUUAUAUUAAAUGGCGACAAUGUCCACUUCGUGUGUAACUGAAAUCAAAUCGUGUAUAAAUUACAAAUGCAAGACGCCAAGCCAAUUGUCUAAUUUACAUUCUUGCGAAACUUUAAACGAUUCGAAAAUGGCUCCACUUGUUGAACAAGAGAAAAAUAAUGGAAAUGAUGUUCUGGCAGCAGAGCAUCCUGAUGAUCAUUACACUUCCACGGAAACAAAUUCAUCGGAGAAUAAUUCUGAUGUUCAUCCAGAUGACGAGGACAGUAUUAAUAAACUGAGAAAUCUUCCUUUAAACGAUAAUUCACCAAACGUAAACGGCUCGCUAAGCAAUGAUCACAGAUCACUAUCUCAGCUUCCACUGGAUUAUGUUUGUUCUAUUAAAUUUCCAAGGAGGAAUGCCAGAACAAUAAAUGGCAUGAAUAAACUUGCCGAUUCAUCUGUGAAUGGCAACGAUAAACUCGUGUUUGACGGGUUUUACCGCUGCCACAAAUGCGACUUUGUUGGUCGCAACGACGAUGAACUGCACGAGCAUGCUCUUAGGCAUGAUCCAUAUGAAUGUGGUUCUUGUGGAUUUUUGGCUGAUUCUCAAGAUAGUCUUCAAAUGCACUUGAGGGAUGAUCAUUCUGAUAUUCCUGUCUCUCUGUGGGAUGAUCACAUCCUAUUCCACGAAACUACUGUCGAGUCUUCACCAAAGAAGACUUCUAAAGUAAAGCCAUUUGAAGAGAAUAUUGAUAAGCCAAGGAAGACUCCUUGCAAGAUAUGCAAUAAUUUUACAGGUAACAGUAAAAUGGAAUAUUACGCGCAUCUCAGAGACGUGCAUUCAGAAACCGGGAAGUUACUCCAUUGCGAUUUGUGUCCUUUCAUCGCCCUGUACAAACAUCACUUGGAAUAUCACUUCAGAAAUCAUUAUGGAUCAAAGCCAUACAAGUGUGACAGAUGCGAUUACUCCUGUGUCAACAGAUCAAUGCUAAACAGUCAUUAUAAGUCGCAUUCUGAUGUCUAUCAGUAUUCAUGCAAAAAUUGCUCAUAUAUGACCAAGUACCUUCACAGCUUGAAAAUGCAUUUAAGAAAGUACAACCAUCAACCAGGACGUGUUCUCAAUCCUGAUGGAAGCGUCAACAGCAAUACAAUCAUUGAUGUGCAUGGUAAGAGGCGGGGACCAAAAAGCAAGAAACGAAAGAGUGACACUGAUCUGGUGCCAGAAGGAAGAGAAUCGCCAAAAUCCAAGUCUUCGCCAAGCCCUCCAUCUUCUAGCUUUAACCCACAUCCAUCUCAGAAUAUCCGAAUUAUGUACAAUCCCCAUAUUUAUAAUAAUUACACGGGGAAUUUGUAUAUAAGAUCAGGAGCCUUAGAAGCUACUAAUUAUAUGUUGCAUUCGCCGCCAAACAUUGGAAGAUACCCAUUCAGAUGCGCUUAUUGUGAAUUCGUGGCGGAUUCUUUUGAAAUGUAUCAUUAUCAUAUGUGCUCUCACGUAAAUCAAGAUCAAAGUGGAAAUGGUGGUUUAAAAAAUUUUCCUUUUAUUGGACCACCCCCCAGUUUGAAUUCUCUAGAUUUUGGAACUCAUUUCAAUACCGAACCGUUCUCUAGGAACAUUAUGAACCAAUCGACUGUUGUUGACAGGAAAAAUGCUGGCGAGAGUCGAAACAAGGAUGCUACAGAUAAAGAUACUCAUUUCCAGAAUUUUAAGAGCACAGUGAACAGCUUCGAAUCGCCUGAGAAUAGUAUUGUGAAUCCAAAAGAAUCAUCACUUAACCGAAGGGCUAUACGUAGGCCUGUCUCUCCUUUUAACGAUCAACAGCUUCCCAAACGAAGAUAUCAGAAACGUAGGGAAAAUAGAAUUAAAUCAAAUACUCCUUCACCAAACGCAACAUUAACAGUAAAAGAAGAAAUUUUUGAAGCAAUGAAUGGAAGUGAGAGUCCAUUCGCAAAUAAUCCUACUGACAGCAUACCGUUAGACCUUAGUGUGAAACAGAUGAUAUCUCCAGAAACGAAAAGCAAUGAAACUUCAUCGUACCGAUUUCAGCUUCCGGGAGGUAAAGCCAUGACAACAUUGGGUCGAUCCUCAUCAGCCAGUCCACAAUUCGGAAAUGGAGAAUCUAAAGCGAUUGCUCAAAAAACUAAUCGCAGAAAAGGAAAAGCCUUCAAAUUAAAUCAGUACACGAUCGAGAGUGAUCCGGUUUCAGACGGCAUUGAAAAUGAAUUAGAGAAAAUGAGUGUUUUGUAUGAAAGCUAUUAUUCCAAUGAAGCACAAGGGAAGCCAACUUUUGGAGCUGAAAUUAAAAAGAGUGUACCGAGGAUAAAUUUCAAACCAACUUUGAGCACGGCGAAAUGGGAUGGGCACAACUUCCUUGAAUCAAGGCAAUCAGAAUACGAAUUUGUGCCACAAAAGCCACCACCUCCUCUUACUCCACCCAAAUUGGAGCUCGUUUAUAAAGAACCGAAACAGGCUGCACAGCAAGCGAACGGGCGAAGAGCCUGGGAGAGAUCAAACGAUUCCUGGUGUUCGAGUUGUUGCAUAGAUACAGGGAACGCUUUCUUGCUGCAACUCCACUCUUCUUAUCACACGGAGGGCGAUCCAUUCACUUGCGCCAAGUGCGGAUUGAGGUGCGACGAUAAAGUUCGUUUCAACUCGCACAUUAUUUCAGGUUCUCGUAUCAAUGGGAACUGCAUCAACGCCAUAGAAGAAUGUGAAUCGUAAAACAAUCAAAGAAUGAAGUUCCUGUUCGUGUCUCAUGUUCCCUUUUCAACACUUAAUUUAUUCGGAAACAUAUCUAUGUUGUGAUAAGAUUCGUCUUGUGUAAUAAGGACUCAAAAAAUAAACUGUAUUUUUUCAUGGAAGAAAGUAUUGCGGACAAGGAGAUUCUGAAAUUCAUUUGUUAGAUAUCAAAAUGUGCAUUUCCCUCCUCCCGAAGAAUUCUUUUCUCAUUUAAAAUGUGUGUGGUACUUGAUGUAGGAAAAUCAACUGAUAUUAGUUACAAACUGUUGUACUACUUUCACAAUCAAUGACAGAAAGAACGACUUUCUUAUGGAUGCUGUCAAUACUCUCAAUCGAACAUCUUAUUUAUUUGAAAGAUUAGUGUUUCACACAAACAUUAUUGGAGAAAUGUAGCUUUUUUUUAAAAAUGAAAAUCGAUUUACAGAUUGGGAAAUCUUAUUUAAGUUCCUACAGACAAAGAAAUGUAAAAAUAAUACUAGUCGAUGAAUAUUAUUUCUUUGACUAAGCAAUGUAAGUUUUUAUUGAAGAUUAUUGUGUGUUUAAAAAUCAAAAUUCUUACCGCCGUUAUUUUUACCUAUUAUUUACUUUUUUGUUGGAUUUUUUAAUAUACUAUUUGUAAGUACAGUAAGUUUAUUAAUUUGAAGAAAAAAAAUUGCGAGGUGUCUAGUCACUUAUUUUUCUGAACCAACAUAAUUUAAAAUUGCAAUUCAUCAGUUGAUAACUGCAUAUCAAUUAUAUCUAUAAAAUGUAUUUCAUUAACGACAUGAAUUAUUUAUUACAACGUGCAUUAAAAGCUUAGCUAAAAUUUAUUGGUUUGAAAAAUUUUACUAAAAUGAAAUAUUUGUUUUAACAUAAUUUUAAUAUUUUCUUUUAAAAAAUAAAUCCUGUAGGAGUUUAGCAUGCUCAUUUAGCUUCUUUUGACUUUCUGAUAUUUGUUUAAUGCUUAAAACAUUUUAUAUUUAUUAUCAUAAAUAUGUGUUAUAAUCCAAAAUACAAAGAAACAUUUCGGAUGAGAAUAAGGAAAAAAUAUUUUCAAAUUGAUAAAAAUUGGAAUAUUUGAUAUAUGCAUGUUUAAAUUUCAAUCAAUGAAUUAGAGAAUUGCUUUGUAUUGUCAGAAAAGUACACAAUUUCUAGGAAAACAAAUGAUAUUAAAAUGACAAAUGACAUUAAUUUAACAGGCCAAUUAUUCCAUUGUCCAACAUCAAACCAACAACGAUUCAAAAGUGAGAUCCAGUAAAUUCGUAUAAAAUUAAAUAAGUAAAAAUUCAGCGAUUUUUGAUUUAAGUGUCAAUAUUUAUUUUACAGGAAGCUGUUUUCAAAUGAUUUUAUUUCAGCCAAUUAACGAGUUCCUACUUUUACUGACUUAAAUCAUUUGCAGCUUCAUUUUAUAAUUUUAAACUUCAGUUUUGAAGUUGAAGUUUCAAAAAGUAUGCAAUUAAAACUAUUUUACGAAAUUUAAAUUCUAUUUAACGAGCAAUGCUAUAAAAUAUUGCAUCCAUUUUAAAUAGACAAUAUUCAAUGAAAAAGAAUAUUGUUACAUAAAAAUCCUAAGAACAAAUAUCAAUGUGUGUAAGUUGAAAUUUGGAAAAUUAUUUCCGAAUAAGAACAUACUACCUUUGAGAAAUUGAAGGUACAUUUAUUGUUACUGUCGUUUCAAUGUUUCAUGUUUUUCAAAGUUCCUACUUUUCAUUUUUUUUUUAUGUGACUUAAAUAAAUCUGUCAACUUAAGAGCUUUAAUUUGUGUUGGUGCCAAUUGUUUUUACCUGCAAUAUGUAUAAUAUCGUAUGGUCUGUAACUUCAUAAAGUUCCUGUUUUUAAAAGUGCACAUUAUUCUAAAUAUACGGGUUUUUGUAAUAUACGAAGUUAUAAAGCUCUGCAAUGUACGCAUAAUUGCUAUUCAAAUGAUCGAUAGCAUUUCUUUUAAAAUUAGGAAAAGCCUUUUUUCCACUGUGUACAAAAAAUCAUUUUAAAUUUUUCUUGCAUAUUUUAUUCUAAAAUAUUUGGACAAAAGAUAUGAACAGAAUAUUUUUAAGGAGGUUCUUUAAAUAUUCCGUUAUAAUUAAUGCUUCAUAUAAUAGAAUUUCUUUAAAUAUCCCAAAAGAUACAAUGAUAUCUGUAAAUAUAAUGAAGACAAGCAAUUAAGCUUCUUGCAGAGCAUGAGAAUUCUUUUAAAUCGCAGUUAAGAAAUUUAUUGUAGUUCGCAGUGUUAUGGAAUGCCAAACAGAGAGUUGAUCUCGUAGGGUUCUCAGGGACGUGCCUAAAAAGAUUUAAACUAAACCCAACCUGGAGAUCAACUUCCAUCUUGUUGACUGUUAUUUUCAAGUUAGUCAUUACCAUAUUACUGUAUAUAUAUAUAUUUUUUUUUUUUUGUGUCUACAAGUGUUUGAAUAUUCAUAUCCAUAAGAAAUUCUCCAAACGGAUGUGUUCAGAAAUCGAAACUAACUUUGACAAACGUACAUAUUCUAAUGUCGCACUUUAAAUGAUCCAAUCAUUUGUUCAGAAUGCGAAUUCAAUGAAACCACUCUUGCUUCCCAAUCAAAAAUAAGCCGCUUUAAAGGACAAGAUCAGGUUCAGCACUUUUGUUAACGAAUUUUAAGACUUGAUUAUAAAAUGUACAGAUUUCGAGGAUAUAUAUGAGAAAGAAAUUUCAGUAUAAUUGCUUGUUUGCUUUGAAUGUAUCUUUCAGGGUUUUUCCCCCCUUCGGUGACAUAUUUGUCAAUCGAGUUUUUUAAACUGGAAAAGCAAACCUAUAGAGUUUUCUAAUUGAUUCAUCAUAAUUUUUGAGGAAUGGCAAAAAUAUCUUUAAUUUUCCCAAUAUCUGUUGAGCAGAAAGUUUCAACUGCUGAUGUUUGCAAUCCAUAUCGGGAGCUUUCAGUGCAAAUAAGCGCUCGAAAGGCACAAAAAUUAAUUUUUAAAAAAAUAAAUGCACUCAAUAAAAUAAUUUGUACAUAUAUUGAGCGAAAGAAUUUUAAAAUAUUUAUCUUGGCAGAAAAUUUCUGCAAAAUGUAUUGUUUUUAUAAGCCAUUAAAAUCUUGACAAUCCCUGCGGCGUGGUGGAGUUCGAGUGACCAUUCAUUGAAAUAAUUUUACCGUUCUGGCUGUGGUUCGAAAAUUCCACAUUAAAAAAAAUUGGCGUUUGAGAAGGAUCAUCGUUGUGUAAGAAAGGAUUCGUGGACGGGUUUUACUUUACACAUGUUUUAAAAUUAACAUUCUGGUGUCGAUCGGCUUUAGAAUUAUGUCUCCGCUAGUAGUAACCAUAGGCUACGUUGAUACAAAUUGAUUUAAGCCAGGUUCAGGAGCACUUCAAAUGACUGAUCUUGACUUUAAACAAAUCUCAAAAACUUUGCAGAAUAAAACAAAGCAACUUUAUAUCUUUGGUCGGAAAGAAUAUAACAAAACCUUUUCUAUCAGAAUAGGUAAGUAAAAACGAUGGAGGUAAGAAAAAUAAAAUCUAAAUUAAUAUCGUUUGAAAAAGUAUAUUAUAAAAAUAUUUUCUUCUUAAAAACAUUUGAAUGUGCUUGCUGGCGAAUAGAUAGGCAUGUACCUAUAGGUAUUUGUUAUAUGUACCUAUUCGUAACGAAAAACGGUUCUACGUUAGAGGGUUAAGAUUGCAAUAAAAAGACAUUAAAUGAAUUAAAACGAAGCAAAUCCUUUGGGUUAUUUAUUAAUCAGAACAAGAUAUUUAGGUACGCUGUAUUAGUAGACGCUGUAGAUAUUUAGGUAGUAAUCUGGAUUUUUUACCGGUAAAUUUACUGCAUACAAUUUGAAUGUCAUCUAAAAGCUGAUUUCUGAACACAUCUAAAAUUUCCGAAAUAUUAGUUGUAUGAAAGAAUUGCCUCAUUUUUAUACAUGUAUGUAGAAAUACGUUUGUGUUUCAUAGCAAGAAACUUUGCGAGAUAUUAACAGUCUAGAUUUGCUUUGGUAAAAUCAGAAAAUUGUAAAUAAUUUAUAAAAGAUUUAUGUUAUAUGUAAAACGGGUUAUUUGCUACAUCUUAUGGUUUUGCAUCAUUUUUGCCAUACUUUUUAAAGAAAAAUCCAAACAAUACUUUAAAUCAAUGUCUAAGAACUAUAUUCUUUAUAAAAUAAAAUAAUAACUUUCAAAAGUAACAAAGUGAUGUCAAUGAUUCGAGAAGAAACAAAUGCUCUCUCAAGUUUUAUUUAAAUGCUUCACUUCAUUUUUUGUAAAUAGUAAAUGCUGACAUUCAACAGUUUCUGAAGUACAAUUUUUACAAAUUAUUCAAAUUCCUGAUAGAAUUAUCGGAUAUAUUUAAAUAAAAUAAUUUAAGUGCAAAUUUCACUAACAGUUGCUUAUUGGAAGACAGCAAGAAAAUUGAAAAUAAAGUUAAAAGUAAUAGGGAAAGGAAAAGUAUUGAAGAACGAAAAGUUAAGAACAAGUAGAAAAAAUAAGAGAAAAAAAAGUAUGAAUAAAAUAUCAAUUUAUAAUAAUAAUAAUAAUAAUAUUUAAAUAAGAAAUCUAAUAAUUAUAAUCUUUAAAUAAAAAGAAAAUAUUAGAAUAAGAAAAAAUAUUUUUAAAGAAGUCUAAAAAAAGUAUGGGAAAAGAAAUGCAAGAGAGAAAAUGUGGAUGACUGAGUAAAAAAAAAAAAAAAUGCUCACAAAAGUCUUCUAGUUUUUAAAGUUUAUAAUAAUCCCGGUAAUUUUUUUUUUCAUUCAUUAUUCUUAAAAUGAAGUUAUGUGAUGAGCGUGCAAUUUGUUGAUGUAAUUUCAUUUUUAAUAUUUUGUCAUUUAUUCUGCAUAUACAAAACAGAAAAAAAAGUUACAUCCAGAGAUUCCUAAGUGCAACAAUUCAAGAAAUUUGUAAUUAAGUUUUGAUUUUAUACAUUAUAUAAAAAUAUUCAAUUUUUGUCAAAAUGCAACUUAAAAGAGGCAAAAAUGAUGCGAAGAAAGUGUAUUUGCUUCCUAUGAAUGUUUUGAUGUUAAAUGUGUAUAAUGUAAGAUAAAUUUUAAAAGAAAUUGCCCAGAAUCAA